AUGUCUGCGUUGUUCAACUUCCAGUCUCUCCUCCUCGUCAUCCUCCUCACAAUAUGCACCUGCACAUACGUGCGCGCGGUGGCGCCGCGCCUCAUUGAUAGGAACAAGGAAGGGUUCCUCGGGCUCUUCUGGAUGUCCGCGCGGAUAGGAGAGCGCCUCUCGCCAUAUGUCGCGCUAGCAUGCGUCGCCAUGGCAGUCACCAUACUCAUACAAUGA